CAGCUCAGCCCAGCCCACGUUGCUGCUGAGAUUGAAAUGCAGAACUCAAGCCUCUUUCAUCGGGGCACAGACUUCCUUUUACUCUUUCCUUUUGCACUCGUGCCUCCUCCUCCCGGGGAGAACCUAAGAUACCGGCAGCCCGGAGCACCGACAAGCCGGGCCACUGAGGCCAGGAACAAAGUUUCUUCCUGGCAGUGCAGAACUGGGGCCGGGUUGGUGUGCUGCUCGGAGCAAUGGAGCCAGCCUUCGGGGAGGUGAACCAGCUGGGAGGAGUGUUCGUGAACGGAAGGCCGCUGCCCAACGCCAUCCGGCUUCGCAUCGUGGAACUGGCCCAACUGGGCAUCCGACCGUGUGACAUCAGCCGCCAACUCCGGGUCUCGCACGGUUGCGUCAGCAAGAUCUUGGCGCGCUACAAUGAGACGGGCUCGAUCUUGCCUGGAGCGAUUGGGGGCAGCAAGCCGCGGGUCACCACUCCCACCGUGGUGAAGCACAUCCGGACCUACAAGCAGAGGGACCCCGGCAUCUUCGCCUGGGAGAUCCGCGACCGCCUGCUGGCCGACGGCGUGUGCGACAAGUACAACGUGCCCUCGGUGAGUUCCAUCAGCCGCAUUCUGCGCAACAAGAUCGGCAACUUGGCCCAGCAAAGCCAUUAUGAUUCGUACAAGCAGCACCAGCCGGCGCCACAGCCUGCGCUGCCCUACAACCACAUCUACUCGUAUCCUAGUCCCAUCACGGCGGCGGCAGCCAAGGUGCCCACGCCACCCGGGGUGCCUGCCAUCCCUGGCUCGGUGGCCAUGCCGCGCACCUGGCCUUCCUCGCAUUCUGUCACCGACAUUCUGGGCAUCCGCUCCAUCACCGACCAAGUAAGCGACAGCUCCCCCUACCAUAGCCCCAAGGUGGAGGAGUGGAGCAGCCUGGGCCGCAGCAACUUCCCAGCCGCAGCCCCGCACGCGGUGAACGGGCUGGAGAAGGGAGCGUUGGAGCAAGAAGCCAAGUACGGUCAGGCACCAAAUGGUCUCCCAGCUGUGAGCAGUUUUGUGUCCGCAUCCAGCAUGGCUCCUUACCCUGCCCCAGCCCAAGUGUCGCCUUACAUGACCUACAGCGCUGCUCCUUCUGGUUACGUAGCUGGACAUGGGUGGCAACACACCGGUGGCACUCCACUGUCCCCCCACAACUGUGACAUUCCCGCGUCGCUGGCGUUCAAGGGAAUGCAGGCAGCCAGAGAAGGUAGUCAUUCUGUCACAGCUUCUGCACUCUGAUGGCAAAUUCCAUCUCCAGCAGCUACACUCGGGGAUCCCCCUCUCAGCACAGCCUCUCCCUGCUCCCACGUUUCGUACCCCACCCCUGCUGCCCCCAGGCCCCCUGCCUCGAGAGCUGGCUUGAUGGACUCACAUCCUUUGUGCUGAUGACACUUAAAUAUUUCUUGCCAUAACUUCUUUUUUGCAGAAAACCUGACAUGACUUUAGGAUUUAAAAACAAAAGCAACCUUACGGAUUGAAUAAAACGUUUGUGUUGCCCACACACUGUUUUAAGGAAGAAACCUACACCCCUCAAAGGGCUUAAGGAACUUUUAAAACUAGUCUUUGGUAAAACCACACUUGUAUAUUUAUUCUAAAGCAACCUGAACUUUUGAAAUGUGCAAUGGUUGAGAUUUUGCAAAAUCAAUAAAGGAAAACACAUGCAGAAAAAAGUUAUAUUACACCCUCUAAUCAAAUAAGGUGACCAAGUAAGCCUUAAUUCAUCAUUAGGAAAUCAAUCAAUAACUGACUUGAGUGAUCCUUUGUCUGUUUUUAAGAGAUGACCUAUUUUGUUUAAAAUGAUGUAGAAUUCAAAGCAAUUUGUCUACUUAGCUCCUCCCGGCGUUUUGACUUGGCUCCAAAUGCAGUAAUGUUUAUAUUUUCUACUUGUAAAUAUGGACUCUGGAUGGUGCAUUGUGUCUUCAUUCCAUGGGGUAUUCCCUGCCUUUCCUUCAACCCUUCUCCCUCUGUGUCCCCCUCCCCUCCCAGGUGACUUUCUGGCAACAUCCUUGUCUCUGUUUGGUGGUGGGCUUCUUGGGCUCCUGGACCUGGACUUGCCCCCAGAUUUUGUGUGUGCAGUGAAGGCUUCAGCAUCUCAUGAAGGAAACUUUCUUUCUACAGCAGAGGACUCAAAUAACAGAUAAAGCAAGCCAGUCUCCUAUUUUGUACACUAAUCAAACAACACACAUACCAAGCAUAUAAAAGGCAAGAGGGUGGAAACUAUCUGAACAAGAAGGCUCUAAAGAAAGUCACUUAGAAACAAGUUUAAUGUGAAAUGUUUUGCAAAGACAUUUAAAAUGAACUUUCUGUUAAGAAAACCACUGUGAAACUAAAUUGUACUGUUGUUGUUGGCUUACCUGUGUGCUCAGCAAUCUCAGCCCAAAAUUAUGUUGUAACUUAAACAAAAUGGAAAACUCUGCUCUAAUGAAUGUAACAAUGGCUUGCUGUGAAGUUUACAUUGUUGUAUAGAAGCAUGUUUCACGUAUAGGCAAACUGGUGGUGGUAUUAGAAAAACAAAUACUAUUUAAUUUUAACAAAUUCCCUUUAUUCAUUUCUAGAAUUACAGGACACAGAUUGACAAAUCUUUCUAGGCCAACUUAUUUUUCACUUUAUUGUUAAUAAUAGAGCUGUGGAAUAUAUGUGUGUGUGAUCAUGUUAUGUGUUGUAUUUUAAAACAUUUGAUUUUGGGGGGCAAAAUUCUAGUUUUUAUCCCUUCUGCUUAGGAAGUUCUCUCUGCUUGACAACACAGGUUUAAAACAUUUUUAGAACAUUGGAAUGAUUCAUCUAUUGGAAAAUUAAUAUAUUGUAGGAAUUUUUUGGGUAUUAAUUCUGUGCAAUAACUAAAGGGCACCUCACUCAAUGUGGAUAUUAAAGAUGCAUUUGUCAGGUGAUUUGACUUCUUCGUAUCUGUGCUGUGCACAGCAACAUGGAAAUCCAGUUCUGCCACAUAGGUCUCAUGGCUUCAGUUAAAACUCAGAAGUCUAGGUCAGCUAGUUUUUUAAACUGCCGAGAUGUAAACAGUAAACAGUUUUCUGACACACACGUCAUAUUGGAAGAGCUGAUUUUUUUUAAAGUGCAUGUUUUAUAGAGAGCUUUGAACUGCAUUUAUUUCUAAAGCAAUUGAGUUUCAGUGCUACAAAUAGAAGAUUAUAAUUCCAGGAGAAGAAUAAGAAGAAGGAGCAGAUGAACUCUCAGGGCCAUAGUGUUCCUUUGAUAUUGUAAAACUCCCAUUAACAUCUGGAGUUCCCAGUCUGGUGAGGAAAUAGACUAUAAAUGGGAUGCAAGAAAGAUCCAAUCCAAUAUUUUGGUGAAGAUUUUAAAACCAUACUGUACAGUGACUCACCUGGCAUCCAGAAAAACUAACAUAAGGUACAAAAUUAUUCUUUAUCAAAUAUUUUCAACUGACUAUGAGGGGGUCUUUAAAAAAAUAGUAGUGCUUAUAUGGAAACACAACUUAAAUGUUAUUUUCUCUUCCUAAAUUAAGAAAUUCUUGUUAUUAUUUAUAAUUUUUUCUGGUUCUCAUGUUUUUUUUAAUCUAGUAUUAACAAUAUCAAUGUUUUCUUUUUUCCUUUUGUUUCUCUUCCCAGACUUUAUUUUAACAGUUAAUUCAUACAGAAUAAUUUUGAAAAAGAAAAUACAACAAAGUCCAAAUAUAAUUUGCUAAUCACAGCAAAUUAUGACUUGAAGCCAAUUUUAAAACUAUGAGGAGGAAAAUGGAAUGAGUUAUAUUGUUGGGACUGUUUGAGUUUUAAACCUUGUUGUUUUUGGUUAAUGUUGACACAUUUCCCCUGUUCCGUAGAGGGAUGUGUCAGUUGUGAACUGGCAAAUGCACUCUUCAGAAAUCCUUUGCUAUCUCUUCUACAAGGAGAAGUGAAGGUUGAAUUUCACGGCCCCUGUGCAUGCAGUGACUCUUACAGGACAUGGAGUAUUAUCUGCAAAGAUAGAAGGCAGUUGUGUGACACACACAUUCUCAUUUCUAUUGAUUUUCUGUUUUUAAUCACCCACUUAUUAAAUAUUGGGCUGAAAUAUAAAUUAAAAAACAUGUCGGAAAGGAUGUACAGCAGAAGGCUGUGUAUGUAUAUACAGGAUGUUAAAAAGCCUUUUAUUUUUAUACUUAAAAAUGCUCUAAAUUAAUAAAAAUUAAUAAUUACCAUGUAAUCUUUACUUUUUUUUUUCAAAAUACCUCAGUAAAAUAGGCUCACCAUUAAAAAUGCCCUAGUAUAAUGGUUAAGAACAUGUAUUCUCUAGAGCAUGCAGAUAUUUUUGUAGAUGUUAGCUACUGAAGUAGCAUCAUUUCAGGAUGUGAACACAAAAUUGACUUUGGUUAUAUCAAGACCAAGCAGCUAGUUUUUAGAGUGCAAGUUAGUACAGGAAUCCUUGGAAAUGCUAAGAAUGCUCUUCUAUUUUGAAACAUUUUUAUCAUGCAUAUUUUAAUAUUCUAGACAGUAUAUUUUGCACCUGAAGCUGUCACUUAAUACCAGUAACAUGGGAAUAUAAUUGUAGUCUAUACGUUCUUCUAAAAAACUACAUGGGUAAAAGAUUUAUACGAAGGUAUUUGGGUACAAAUACAGAGAACACAAUGGGCUCAAAGAACACUGCUGAUUUGUGUUUUAAAAAGAAAACAUCUCAGUAAUAAACCUUUCUGCAAAGUGAACUGUUAAAGGAAAAUGUCUCAUAUAAUCUCUUGUAUUCUAUUUGUAAUCAAAGACUUUGGAUAGCAUGAUCUAAAAAUUCUGAUUUAACUAUGUUGAAGUAGACUUAAAAAAUAGAACUGAGGUAUAUAUUAAAGACAACCAAAAGAUUUAUAUUUUAGCAUGGAUUCAUAAAAUUAA